CAGUCUGAAAACAACUCGUGACCGGUUCACAGUCCACGGCUGUCACCAUCCUGUUCUGGCGUAGUGAAACCGGCCCCAGGACCGGCUGCAGCGGCCAUUCACCGACCGGGAGGGCCGCUGAGAUGAACCUGUCCACGUCGCCUCGGACACAACUCGACAGUUAAACCUGCUGUGGACGACCAGCCAUGUGGAGGGUGCAGGGUUUUGUUGGAAGAGUUUUGCAUCGUUGCCAUGGCAGCACCCCCCUGCGACUGCCACAGAACCACCAUGUGGAGGAUGAGGUCUUCAACAGCUCUGCAGUCCUCUCCACCUCUCGAAACUCCUCUGACAUCAGCUCUCAGAAAGAGCAGGAUGGAGAGAGGAGGAAGAAACAGCGCACAUUUCAGUUUGGCUACACCGAGCUUCCAGAUUACACAGUGCUGGAUGCUGUGGGAUGGGGAGCAGCAGCAGCUCUGUUCAUGCAGAUCUGCAGGAGGAUACACUCUCAGUUAUCUUCAGGCACAGAGCGCAGUCCAGCGCCUGGAGCCCUGACAGCCCCCUCCACGCUGCAAAAGUGUGGCUACCGCAUCCUGUUGGAGAUCUUAUCCAGGCAUGAUGUCCUGCCCAGGGGAAAUAGUUUGUUGUGCCUUCAGGGCGAGCCGGUGACACAGAAGCAAGAUCAGCCUGUGGCUCAGAGCAGCAGCAGCAGCAACAGCAGCAGUUCAGGUGACGCCAGACUUCACAGCAGCAGUGAGAAUUUGAAUGCUCACAGCUCCACCUCUGACCACCAGAGGGCACUCAUCGACCAGGAUUCACCUAUACCCGACUCAGAGGAAUCACUGCUGUCUGCAUCGCGUCAUCUGCAGAAUGAUGCCAACCAUGACAACACUGAGACAAAAGAUGCUAAUGACAAGGACAUGUUGUCUGAUGAGGAGAGGCUGGCAGCAGCAACACAGAACCUCAGACAUGUGGGAGACAGCAGCGUCUCUGUAAUCCUCAACAUCAUUGGUCUAGAAAGUGCCAAGAGAGAGAACUACGAGCAAGCGUUCACCUGUUUUCUUGCUGCAGCUCAGCAGCGUUACAACAAGGCCCAGUUUAACGUUGGUGUGUGCUAUGAGAAAGGCAGAGGGGUCAACAAGGACAAAGAGAAGGCUCUGUUUUACUACGGGCAGGCAGCAGUCGGCGGUCACACACAGGCUCAGUACCGCUAUGCAAAGCUGCUCCUGACCAGCAGGGAGCAUCAGAGUUUAGAGCAGCUGGACACAGCUAUUGACCUUCUGAAAGAGGCGGCAGCAGCUGGACUCACUAAGGCUCAGGUCUGCCUUGCAUCAGUCUACUGUCAGGAGCCGGUGAGAGAUGGGAGCAAGUCUGUCCACUACCUGAAGAUGGCGGCAGAGAGCGGAGAUGACACCGCGCUGCUGUUCCUGGGGCAGUGUUACGAGAGCGGCUUCGGGGUGAAGCAGAACCUGAGCACAGCGGUUGAAUUCUACAUACAAGCCGCCCGUGCAGGCAACACGCAGGCUAAGAGCUUACUGACGCCUCAUAAAGACUUGCACAUAAAAUUGGAAGAUGCGGUGUUGCGCUCCAUCCGUUCAGCUCCCUGCUUCUCUGUGACCAACCAUCGUCUCCAGCAGCAGCUCUCCUCUCUGGCCAGCCGCGUCCCUCCCUCCACCAGUCGCCCCGACACCCUUCCCCUCCUGCCUCACUCCUGGAGCACCGGGACUCUGUGUGACGUGUCGGUGCUGCCUUCCACACCUCUUCACCUCCAUCCCAUCAGCAUGGAGGGAGGAACCUGCCAAUGGACUGUGGGGAUCUGAUUGUUAUCCUGGGCCAUCACAGGCCAAACUGAAGAAUGUAUUGUUGUUCAUAGAAUGAUGUUUUUUUUUACCAGAGGUGAAGGUCAACGUGUGUUAGAUUUGUACAUAACUUGAAGUCUGGAUUUGAGAGGAAAUGUUUUAUACUUCUUUGGAUGUGUAAGAAUUGCAUGUUAAUAUAUGUGAUUUUUUUUUUAUUAGUUUGAAGAGAUAAUGGGAUUCAAUGUCUGACAAUUUGAUGACCUUUUUUCUUUCUAAGUUUUCAUUAUAAGCUUCCCCGUAAUAUCAAUUCUGCAGCUGGUCAGAACAUGUGACCUUGGUGCAUUCAGGUGGUUACUGGUUUCUCUCCAUUAAUAUGGGAUUCAUUUCAUAAAAGGGUUUGUCAUAA